AGUAUAACCUCGCCCAAUGAACAAGCUGAAAGUCACGGACUCUCCCCUCUUCAUAGUCACUUUCCUCAUUGGAGCAACUGGUUUUUAAAUCUAAAAGAGGAUUUGGUUGAGGUGUCACUGAGUGCACGUUGGAAGAGAAAGUCCAAAGGUGGUAGUAACGGCGAGCGGUCUUGCAAAGACUCUCUGUCACCUGUUCGCUGAUACACGGCCAGUUCGGCACGCCGAUGGGGGUCCUUUACUCGGAGCCCCUCUGUGAAGCAGCAUAUCAGAAUGAUUUCAAAGAGCUGAAGGAACUUCUGCUAACAACUGAUGUGAACCAACAAGAUGCACACUAUGGGGACACCCCAUUAAUUGCUGCUUGCAGAACAGGCAGGGUUGAAAUUGUACAGUAUCUACUGAGAAAAGAAGCUAAUGUUAAUCUCAAGAACAAGAAAGAACGGACAUGUUUACAUUACGCUGUAAGGAGAAGAUUCACUUUUCUGGACUAUCUGUUAAUCAUCAUCUUGAUGCCUGUCUUGCUCCUGGGCUACAUUAUAAUGGAAUCAAAGAAGAGUCGUAAUGAGACAUUGAUCAAGUUACUGUUGAGUGCUAAAGUGGAUGUAAAUGCAACAGACAAUAAAGGUAAUUCGGCUCUUCAUUAUGCAUGUCAAAUGAAAAAUAAGAGUAUUGUCUCCAUUCUCAUUAAAGCAAAUGCGGAUGUAUCCAUUGCCAAUAAGGAAAAUCGUCGAGAGAGACAGGCCCAUGUGCUUGUCCAUAGAAUGGACACUGAGCAUACAAUAUUGAGUAUGAAUGGAGAAACUCCUCUGGAUAUUGCAACAAAAUUGAAGUUUCCAAAAAUUUUAGCUGUGCUGCGGAAGGAAGCCUGAAGUUUUCUGGAAUCAAUUGUUGUAUGUAGCAAAUAAAUGAGUUUUGU